CAUUUGGGAGAAGGAAGAUCUCACAUCCAUUGGAGGAGGCUCACACUGCAGAGGGGAUAGGGGGAGUCACAGCUUCAUUUCAGCACCAAGGACAGAGAAGAGAAGAGGAGAGAGCUCACUGCUGCCUGGCACCUACCUGCCCAUUGCACUUACCCCGGGCACUGGAGGGGGCACGUACCCAAUCCUCCAUUAGCCGGCACUGCAAUAAACCCAAUCGGGGGGGACAGGAAUUUAGGGAAGGAAUCUGAUUUUCCUGAUAUCAGCACCAAGGACAUACGCUCCCUACUGGUAAAGGUGCUCUCCCAGCCGCUUGCCCUUUCCUACUCUAUUGCCACAGCCAAUUAGGGGACAGAAGUGCCCACCCAGCCGUUGUUAUAUAAAGAAGGAGGGACUGUGCCCGUCCCAUGCCAAUUAUUGCCUAUUCUGCCACAGCUAGGUAUAGAGAGCCAUUAGGGCAGUACUGCUGGCACGGCGCUUGGGCUCAUUGCUAGUGUAGGGACACCUUGCUUUCCCUCUCUGGCACGGCUAGGGGCUACGGGCACACUAUACAUACACUGUGCCAGCAUCGAGCCAUUUCUCUGUAUGCUGGCACUGUAAUGGGCAGAGAUUAGAAGGCAUUAGAGAUUUCCUGCUCCACACUAGGUGGCUGGCACACUCCCUCGUGCCCUUCUUUAUUGGUUUUGCCUCUCAGCUUCCUCCUGUUUGGAGCUGAGAGCACCCACCAGGCAGGACAUUGGCUCCGCUUGGCACCGCGCAAUCCAUGGGCACUAUGCGCCUUUUCCUUUUGGCUGUACUCUUUCUGUUCUCCUUCGCCCGGGCCGGAUGUGACCCCAAAAUCGUUAACAUCGGGGCAGUGCUGAGCACCAAGAAGCACGAGCAGAUCUUCCGGGAAGCUGUAAACCAGGCAAAUAAACGCCACGGCACCUGGAAGAUCCAGCUCAAUGCCACCUCUGUCACCCACCGACCCAAUGCCAUCCAGAUGGCUCUCUCCGUGUGUGAGGAUCUCAUCUCCAGCCAGGUCUACGCCAUAUUGGUUAGUCACCCUCCUGCACCCACGGAUCACCUGACGCCAACGCCUAUAUCCUACACAGCAGGCUUUUACCGGAUCCCAGUCAUCGGGCUGACCACUCGCAUGUCUAUAUAUUCCGAUAAGAGCAUCCACCUCUCGUUCCUACGCACGGUGCCCCCCUACUCCCACCAGGCCUUGGUUUGGUUCGAGAUGAUGCGCCUGUUCAACUGGAACCAUGUCAUUCUCAUCGUUAGCGACGACCACGAGGGCCGGGCCGCUCAGAAAAAGCUGGAGACCCUCUUAGAGGAGAAAGAGUCCAAGAGUAAAAAAAGGAACUAUGAGAACCUCGACCAACUUUCCUAUGACAACAAGCGUGGACCCAAGGCAGACAAAGUCCUGCAGUUUGAACCUGGAACCAAAAACCUGACGGCCCUCCUCCUUGAGGCCAAGGAACUGGAAGCCAGAGUCAUCAUCCUCUCUGCCAGUGAGGACGAUGCAACGGCGGUGUACAAAUCGGCAGCAAUGCUGGACAUGACCGGCGCCGGCUACGUCUGGUUGGUGGGAGAGAGGGAGAUAUCCGGAAGUGCAUUGAGAUAUGCGCCCGAUGGAAUUAUUGGGCUGCAGCUGAUCAAUGGGAAGAACGAGUCGGCGCAUAUAAGCGACGCAGUGGCUGUAGCGGCCCAGGCAAUACACGAGUUAUUUGAAAUGGAAAACAUUACCGACCCCCCGAGGGGCUGCGUUGGAAACACCAAUAUAUGGAAGACUGGACCUCUGUUCAAAAGGGUUCUCAUGUCCUCCAAAUACCCCGACGGGGUAACAGGAAGAAUUGAGUUCAAUGAGGACGGAGACAGGAAAUUUGCCAAUUACAGCAUAAUGAACCUACAGAACCGCAAAUUGGUUCAGGUCGGGAUUUUCAAUGGCAGCCAUGUUAUACAGAACGACAGAAAGAUUAUUUGGCCCGGCGGGGAAACAGAGAGACCACAGGGCUAUCAAAUGUCCACGAGGUUGAAGAUAGUUACCAUCCACCAAGAACCGUUUGUAUAUGUGAAGCCAACAAUGACUGAUGGAACGUGCAGGGAAGAAUACACCAUCAAUGGAGAUCCCAUCAAAAAAGUUAUUUGUAACGGUCCCAAUGAGACCAUCCCAGGUCGCCCGACUGUACCCCAGUGCUGCUACGGCUUUUGCAUUGACCUGCUUAUCAAACUUGCCAGAGAAAUGAACUUCACCUACGAGGUUCACUUGGUAGCCGACGGUAAAUUCGGCACUCAGGAGCGGGUCAAUAACAGCAACAAAAAGGAGUGGAACGGCAUGAUGGGAGAGUUACUGAGCGGCCAAGCAGACAUGAUAGUCGCCCCACUCACCAUUAAUAAUGAGCGGGCUCAGUAUAUUGAGUUCUCCAAGCCAUUCAAGUACCAAGGACUCACUAUCCUCGUGAAAAAGGAAAUCCCAAGGAGCACUCUGGACUCAUUCAUGCAGCCGUUUCAGAGCACACUCUGGCUGUUGGUUGGACUCUCGGUGCAUGUGGUGGCGGUGAUGUUAUACCUACUGGAUCGAUUCAGUCCGUUCGGGCGAUUUAAAGUCAACAGCGAAGAGGAAGAGGAAGAUGCUUUGACACUGUCUUCAGCCAUGUGGUUUUCCUGGGGGGUCCUCUUGAACUCUGGUAUUGGAGAAGGGGCUCCCAGGAGUUUCUCUGCCCGAAUCCUUGGCAUGGUCUGGGCUGGAUUCGCUAUGAUUAUUGUAGCCUCCUACACUGCCAACCUGGCUGCCUUCCUGGUGUUGGACAGGCCAGAGGAGAGGAUAACUGGCAUUAAUGAUCCCCGGCUGCGCAACCCCAGUGACAAGUUUAUCUACGCCACCGUCAAGCAAAGCUCUGUGGACAUAUAUUUCCGGAGACAGGUAGAACUCAGCACCAUGUACAGACACAUGGAAAAGCACAACUACGAGAGCGCAGCGGAAGCCAUACAAGCUGUGCGGGACAACAAACUGCAUGCGUUUAUAUGGGACUCGGCCGUGCUGGAGUUUGAGGCCUCUCAGAAGUGUGACCUUGUUACCACCGGUGAAUUGUUCUUCCGCUCCGGCUUCGGCAUUGGCAUGAGAAAAGACAGCCCCUGGAAACAGAACGUCUCACUCAACAUCCUAAAGUCCCACGAGAACGGCUUUAUGGAAGAGCUGGAUAAGACCUGGGUCAGGUACCAGGAGUGCGAUUCCCGCAGCAAUGCCCCAGCCACACUGACCUUUGAGAACAUGGCAGGGGUCUUCAUGCUGGUCGCUGGGGGCAUUGUUGCCGGAAUCUUUUUGAUAUUCAUUGAGAUUGCCUACAAGCGGCACAAGGAUGCCCGCAGGAAGCAGAUGCAGUUGGCCUUUGCUGCCGUUAACGUAUGGAGAAAAAACCUGCAGGAUAGAAAAAGUGGUAGAGCAGAACCUGACCCUAAAAAGAAAGCCUCUUUUAGGUCCAUCACCUCCACCCUGGCCUCCAGCUUCAAGAGACGUAGGUCCUCCAAAGACACGGUCGAGUUGUUAAGGACAGACAUUACCAGAGAAACGCGAGGGCGCCCCUUGUUUUAGACAUAAAAAUCUGCAGAGCAGUACAGAACAGGAGCUGCCAGCCCCCCCGCGCCUUGGCCCCAGUUGUGCCUCAUGUUUGCUCUCUGUGUAUUUGUAUUUUACAGCAAUACCACCCCACCGAUAUCACGGGGCAGCUAAAUCUGUCCGACCCUUCUGUUAGCACUGUGGUGUAACCCCCCCAACGGAGAGACAAUGACUGUUCUGUGGGUACGGACGCGGGCAGGGCCGACGCCGGAUACUGGGACUGGCACUGGAUUUUAUUGGGACAUUGCAACAGUGACUGGAAAAUGCCCCCCCCUCCCCACCGAGUAAUCUGUAAAUAUAUAUAUAUUUUUUUUCUCCCCCGAGACCGGUUGGAAUAAAAGAGACUUUUGUACGCCCCGAUGGUUCUAUUCGGAUAAUCCUUUGUGCGCAGGAUGGGGGCCCGCGUCAGUGCUGCCCGCUAAGGAUUAUGGCUCCGCCCUGCGUUUAGCUCAUUGCAUGGAUAAUCGCUGUAUAAUGCUGUAUAUACUGUCUUCUGCUAUAUAUAUAUAUAUUAUAUACACACCCCUGUCUGUACCAUAUGUUGUACAUACUUGUAUAUAUACAUGGGCCGCGAUCAUGUAAUGUUACUAGGGGGGGGCAGGGCCCCCCAACUGAUGGUUUCCCCCAUAUCCCUGUUAUUUGGGGGUGUACAACCCUGUGAGCAAGCAACAAAUACUAAAUAAAUACCAUAUACACACUG